UUGGUAGACUGCGAAAGAAAUAACCAACUGUUCGGAUUGUCAUAGGGGGCGGUGCGUUUAUAUUGAAAAGGAUCCUUUUAAAAAUAAUCAACAAACAAUCUACCAGUAAGCGUGCCCAGCAUCCUGGGAGUGGGAGAAAAUAUCACAGGGAGUAGUUUGCAUUCGGCCGGUUUCCGUGUUUUCAAUAUGAACGUACCAUAAGAAAUCUGAACUGCGUUUUAGUUCGAUCGGGAGAGAAAAAUGCGGGAAACGCAUUACGGAAAAAAGCUCUAAUUGAAAAUACGUAAAAUGAGAUAAUUGUGCGACCAUCAUUUUUGUUUAUAUCAAAAAAAAAAAAAUAAAGGAAAAUUACUCUAGAGGGUAAUAUGUGAUUUAGUGUUGUUUUGUGGAGUGUUUAUAUUUAUUUUGUGACAAAAAAAAAAUGGUAAAAAGACGUAGUUCGAGGAAAAGAGCGAUAGAAAAACCUUUGGGACGCAUAGAAAUCGUUAAUCCCGGAGCUUGUACUACCAAAUCGUGCGUGGGAGACGUCGCGUGUAAACAAUUACCAAAUCAAACCCAUACUUGUAUAUGUACCCACGAUUCCCAACCGCCCUUCUCCGAUGGGACAUGUCCAAGAAAGGUAGUCGCUUCUGGAAACAGCCCUUCGGACGUUGAUGAAAGUUCUGGUAGGAUACCGGUUCAACCGAUUGCUUCACACGAAAACCACAUUCCAUUAACAACCACCCCUAAAUCACCGUUAACCCUACAAGAUGACAGAUUCGCCGCUGUCACUUCUGGUUAUUCCAGUUAUCAAAUCUACUUAAUUCCUCUGACCGUUUUAAUAUGUGGGAUAUUAUUGUUGAUCCUGGUAUUAUUCGUAAGGAGAAAAAUGCGAAAAAGGACUGAAGGCACUUCACCGAUUAGUUUAAAACACAGUUUUUUAGUACCUGAAAGGUACGCGCCGAAUCCACAAUAUUCCGCUUGUUCUGCAACCGGAGUUCCGAUUUUGAAAAAAGAAACGCUUUCGUUUCUGAAAGAAGUCGGGGAAGGAUGCUUCGGGAAGGUUUUCAAAGGGGAACUUUUAUGUGACGAUGAAAAUAAGGUUAAAAUAGUGGCAAUCAAAGUACUGAAAACGUCCGCCACCAAAGAAGCCGAAGACGAUUUUUUGAGAGAAGUUGAAAUAAUGAGCGCGUUUCGGCAUCCCAACAUACUGUCUCUAUUAGGAGUAGUUCAAAAAGACGAACACGUCAAUCCUAUGAUGGUAUUCGAAUUCAUGCCGCACGGAGACCUGGCUGAACUCCUACGUAGUCAAAGGCAUAGUCCGUUAGAAAAAGAAGUCCCGCAAUUAACUAAAACGGAAUUACUGUCCAUAGCUAUACAAAUAGGACAAGGUAUGAAAUAUUUGGCGUCGCAACGUUUCGUACACAGAGAUUUGGCAUGCAGAAAUUGUUUAGUAGCCGAAGGCCCGAUCGUCAAAAUAGCGGAUUUCGGAAUGAGCAGAGACGUUUACACGUGCGAUUAUUACAAAAUUGGCGGUUCUCGUCUCCUCCCCGUUCGAUGGAUGUCCCCGGAGAGCGUAGUUUACGGUCGUUUCACCUUAGAAUCUGACAUUUGGUCGUAUGGUGUCGUCCUAUGGGAAAUAUACAGUUUCGGAAAACAACCUUAUUACGGUCACAGCAACGAGGAAGUCGUCAAAUUGAUAUUAGACGGUAUAAUGUUGAUACCGCCGGAUGAUUGUCCUUCUUUUAUAUGCGAUUUGAUGAAGAAUUGUUGGAAAACGGAGCCGAGACAUCGAAUCACCUUUCCGAGUAUAUGCGAAAAGUUGGAGGAGGCUUUCGAGAUCGAAAACGUACCGGUCGUCUCGUACGCGACGGAAACGAAAAAAAUGAAGAUCGGUUGUAAUAAAAGUCUACCGAGACCGCCUCCUUUACCGUCCAUAAUACAACAAGUUAGUUUAUUAGACGGACAAGGUUAUUUGAAACCUAUAGAGAUUACGGAACCCGUAACUUAUCUAGAAACAAUUUGCGAUUGAUAAAAUUAUCAUUAUACGACGGUUAAAUCUAGUCAUAAUUCUAUUUUAAUUAUUCAAGAUGUCAAUUAAUGAUUAAUAUUUGUAAAUAGAAAUGAAUUAAUCUUGAAAUAGUUCAAAAUAAUAUCAGAAUUUUAUGCAACACUUAUUACAUUUACAAAAUCUAUGCAACCAGCAUUACUCUAACAAUUUCAUCAGAACAAUUUAAAAUACUAUCAACUCGAUAUGCAACACUUAUUACAUUAGUUUUAUAUAGCGAAAAAAAGUUCAUUUACAAAAUCUGUGCAAUCAACAUUACUAUAACCACAUUGAAAUUAAUUUUUGUUAAAAAAAAUAAACUUGAGAUAAAAAUAAUUUCAUCGGAAAAAUUUAAUAUAAUGUUAAUUCGAUAUGCAAACCUUUACAGAUGUAUAUGCAAUCAACAUAACAAGAACACACGCCAUCUAUUAGUUCCAAAAGUAGUUUUACGAGCUCCGAUUUUAAUCGAGUUAUUGAAUAUAUACUGAAAAAAAUUUUCUAUAAAAAUAUAACGAAUAAUAAUAUAAAAAAAUCCUGGUAGAAAGAGAAAACAUCGAAAUACGUGAAAUUUGAGGUUAUAAUGUUGGCAAUGACGAACUGUCAGUGAAAUCAAAACUUAAAAUUAUUUUAUAUUUGACGUAUCGGCACUAAAAUUUUCGUAUAAUUACAAAGUAUAUUUUAUAGCGUAGCAACUUAAUAUUGUUUUCUCAGUGUACGCGAUGUAAUUCUCGUUAAAUGACGUAAUUUUUUCGAAAUUUAGAGUAAGGCUUUAUUUACUGGGUGUGAUUGCUCUAGAGUGUGGGCUUAAUUAAAUAUUGUACAUUGAGUGGGUAUUUUUAAAAUUUUUAUUGGAACGUACCCCCAUUAGAAAGCUCGAUCAAAUACUAUGUUAAGUAUUUAUUUAUUUGGAUACAAAAUAAUUAUCUCGAAACUGUAUUUUCUCAAUUUUAUAAUAAACCAAAGAUCUGUUCACAUCCUAAAAAUUGUGAAAAUUCUUGUUAUAUAUAACAUUUGUAUGUUACCUAAUUUUAAUGUUUUGUAAAAAUUAUUAAGAAAUAAUAUAAUAUUUUACUAAAUUGA